UGAGAAACAACGAACGAAACGAAUCAUUAUUCAGACCGUUUUUAGCACACUGACCAGUCGAGUCUCAACUGCUACGGUAUAAUCAUGUAACUAGAACUAAGAGUUUUAAAACUUGGUUCAAGUGUUCAGAAAAAUAAUUAGAUGGAUGUUAGGAAUUUUCAACCAUCAAAAACAACGGUCUUAACACUACUACGUCCAUUUGGUAGUUGGAGGAUUUCGCGUAUCGUGGACUAAAGACCUCACGUUUAACGAUCUUUUAGGGUUUUGUUGUGUUCAUCUUAACAAUGGGAACAGUUCUCAGCAUCUCUCCAAGAGGACCGAAAUCCGCUUUUGACGAAUACUCAUCAAACUACGAGCAACUCUGUAAUGCUAAAAAUAAAGAAAAACAUGUGGAGAAAACCCAUUCCAAUCAGCAUGGACAUUUCAAGAAGCACUCGUUGUUCAUCAACGCUCUCACGUGGAAACACAUCAGCGUGCCCGGUAAAAAGAAGAGCGAAAAGAACAAAAACACGUCUUCUCGUCACCCACUAGACAACAUUGACUCUCUCGUGGACAACAACAAGAACAUUCAGAAGUCGUUAUCAUGUUAUAAUCUGAAAUGUAACAACGUCGGAUCAGCAGAAUUAGUCGCCAAAGGCGACAAUAGUUUCCAUAAAGUCGCUCCGCCUCCACUACCACCGAAGCCGACAGUAUUGUCUGGACACAACUUGGUCCGUCCCGCCCCUCCAGGAGCUCUAGCAGCUAGUGGAACAGUUGUUCCGAGUAGGCCACCCCCACCACAAAGCUCUCACAGGAAGACAGUAAUCCAGGCUUCCACUUCGGAACUCCUGAGGUCACUAGGUGAGUUUUUGUUCAGAAAAUGUCGGAAGGUUAAAGACUUCCAGGCCGGAGAUGCCGUUGUUUGGUUAAGAACGGUAGACCGCUCGCUGCUUAUCCAGGGCUGGCAAGAUAUCGCCUUCAUCAACCCAGCCAACGUUGUCUUUCUGUACAUGAUGGUCAGGGAACUGGUAAGUGACGAGAUCGAUAGUGAGCAGGAGCUGCAGGCCAUCGUGCUCACUUGUCUCUAUCUCUCCUAUUCGUACAUGGGAAACGAAAUCUCCUAUCCACUGAAACCUUUCCUUCUGGAAGAGACUAAAGAGAUGUUUUGGGACCGCUGUCUUCUCAUCAUCAACCUUCUCAGUGGUAAGAUGUUGCGUAUCAACAGUGAGCCUGGUUUCUUCACCGAAGUUUUCACUGAACUGAAGGCCUAUUGUCCGACCUCUGGUUAACACCAAUCAAACUCUAGGUGACUGACCAGAAAUUCGCGUAAAAAGGAUGUACCUUUAACCUGAAAGAAGAAAGUGUCACGUGGUCAAGGUCAUCUCAGUUAGAUUGACUGUGGGCUGUGCAGGACCUACUCAUCCUGCUUGUGUAGCCGCCCGAAGGUGGAAUCCUUUUUUAUACGAUUUCUGUUCUCUACUGUAUUAGGCAACUCCCUGCUUGUUGUCUAAUUAUAACUCAUGUAGUCCUUGCCAGUAUGGAGAUCUAUGUGGAUUUAAGCUAGACAAGAUCACAUGGAGAGGAAAUAUCAACAUCACCAUGGUUACUUGCUCUUCUCAUUAUUUGAAUUAAUGUGUACCUUAUUUACUGUAGUUAAACAAUACCUAGAUCACAUGGAGAGGAAAUAUCAACAUCACCAUGGUUACUUGCUCUUCUCAUUAUUUGAAUUAAUGUGUACCUUAUUUACUGUAGUUAAACAAUACCUAGAUCACAAGAGAAUAAACUUGUCAUAGUCAUU